UGUAAAAAGACCAUUAGCUUCCUAACUAAAGUUAGUGAGCAUAAAACUAAAUUAGCUGGCUAGUAUAAAAGUAGCUGAAAAAAAAGAAUUGUUCUUGACAGGCUCAUAUCUUUUGGCUACACAUAUUAUACUGAGUCAACAAAUUUUGCCCUGAUUAGGAAUGCCUAGCUAUAGGAUUAAAACUGUAGGCACACGGACGCCGGAUAUCAUGUUUAUUUACAUCUCAGCAGCUUCUGAUUGGUCAGAUUAUAAACAAAAAGUAAUGUCAUUAGCCCGUAAAAUAUUGCGCCUGAACAAACUGCAAAUUUGCUAUUUGCUACUAUAAAUAGUUUUUACAAAAACAAACAUUUUUUCCAUCGAUUGAUUGGACAAAAUGGAUCACGUAGAUUUUUCCAAACACAAAAAUUCUUCGCUUUAAUUGGAUAAAAUAGAACACGUGGUUUAGGCGACGGAAAUAUACUUUUCUGGCGCCACUUUUUUCAAACCCUCUGGAAUUUUACCGGAGUGUCUUGUGUUUGUUUGCUGGAACGAAAUUGAUACUUUCUGGAUUAUUGGAUAAGUAUUAUUUGAUAAUUUUGUCCGUCUCUUUUGUGUUAGUAAACAAAACACAUUCAGCUAGGUGUAAACUGCAGCUAGGUGCAUCUUUAUAUCGGAUUUUUUGUCCCCAGCUGUGUCCCUGCAUUUUGGCGUACUAUUAUAUAGCUAGCUAGAUAGCUAUAUCGUAGUAGUUGUAGCUUACUGUUUAUAUCUUAUUUUUUGUCCCCUGCUCUGUCCUGUAUUUUGAUUCAAGGACUAUAACUACAUUGCCACAGUCGGCAAGGAAAAAGAUAUACUUCUGUUUAUAUCUGAUUUAGGUUCUAACUGCAGCUAGGAAGCAACCGUAGCAUCAUAGAAAUUGUGCACAUUGUAGUCAAUUGUAGCAUCGUAGAGCAAUCAAGACAAAUUAAUCAUGAUAUCUGUCCAAGCAUAUCGUGCCACUAUCGGUUCCUUUUAUAAUGUAGCUGCUAGCCACUCCAAAAAUAUUAAAAAUGAAACAAUGAAUUUGCACAACCAUGCAGAAAUGCUUUUUGACAAGGUGGAUAAUAACAACUUCAAUAGUUUUUUGAAACUUUUUAUUUCAGUAAUUUUCAUGUGUUGUCUCAGCUGUAAUAUCAGUCUUGCAUCUUUGAAAUUAAUGUUAUUGUUAUCUGGUGACGUUGAAAGCAAUCCUGGACCCUUUAAUAACAACGAUAUUGACUUCCAAAUAUCGCUACAGGAAUCUUAUGCCACCCAUCUUCUAAAUCAGCCAAAUUCUGCUGAUCAUAUAGUUGCUUAUGCUAGAAGUAUUGGUCUGUCAAAUAUAACAUAUCGAGAAUUGACAAUAGGGGAUGGCAACUGCUUUUAUAGAGCAGUAGUACAACAACUUAAUCGUCCUGAGAUCAGACAAAUUGUCUCCCCUGAACUACACUUUCAAAAUCACCUCCAACUACGAGCAGCCGUGGUCAAAUUUGUUCGCAAAAAUAGUAACUUAAGCAUUUUUCAAAAUAACAGAGACUUUUUAUCAAUAAGUCCUGAAGAGUGGGAACGCGACUUACAAAUUCAGUCAAGGUCUACUGUUGAUGUUGUAGAAAUUUUUAUACGAGCUGCUUCAAUAAUGCUGGGUGUCAACAUUUUAAUAACAUCUGAUACCAGUACUGCAAUACACCCAUAUACCCUUAUUAGUCCUACUCAUGAUGAAACACAUAAUAUUGCUGGUGAACAACAAAUGGCACAUCUAUUGACUGAUGGUACCACUGCUGGUGCUUUUAUUUUGCUUGGAAGGGUUAAUGAAAAUCACUACCAAUCCUUGGUCUUUGAUGACAAUGUGAGCAAUCCUUCUGUUCCAUCAUCCACGCCACUUAGUCCAUCUAAAAAAAUUCCUCGUUUAUCAUCGAAAUAUCCUGAAAAUAUAACCAAUCAAAAACCUGGUGAAAAGAAAGUUACUACUUUGAAUCAAAAUCAAGACCUCCUAGUAGAGAAAAUAAUGAAAUCUUAUAUGUCUACUGCUAUAAUACCAACAAGAGUUAAGCCUAAAUCCAAGCCUAAACCCAAGCCUAAACCCAAGCCAAAUUAUAAUAAAGAACCUGCUUUAAAGCUAAAGUGUCUUCAGUUAAAUAUUAAAUACGAAGAACCUAAAGUUAAUGAAACAAGUAUCGAAACAAUAAACAGACACAGGCGAAUAAGUUAUAGCUGCAAAAAAAACGUUUCUAAAACAGCCAUGGAUAAGCAGAAAAAUGCUAAUUUGAAAAAACCACCUGCCUGUAAACGUACAUGUGCCCCGCCACCUAAUACACUUCCAAUUAUUACACACAACCAGGUGAAUAAUUUACCAACCACACAAUCAGUGCCUACAAUUGUCACAGACAACCAGACCACUGACCAAGAUCAAAUUUAUGGAAAUGAAACCUCCACCAUUCAUCAAAAUCCUGAUGUUGUGGCAGCUGUAAUACAGUUUGAGGAAGGUGAGAAGUUACAUAGCUUGGCAACCUGUAAAACUUGUCGUGAAACCCGGCCAGUAUUUCAUGCUACUCCCCCUAUCAGUCCUACUGCAGAAAAUGAAACAAAACCAAUUACGGUAAAGCCUUGGAAAAUUUUCAGCGAUGAAAGGUGUGACAGGUGUCAUCGGGAGAGCCUUAGUCGUUUUAAAAAGAAUGUAACAACACCUGCUAGAUUUUCCGGUAUACUGUCAGUUGAUGAUGAUGAUUUGGGCCCAUUACACGAUAACAUCCGCCAUAACGAUAUGCAUUUUUUACCGGUACCACCAUAUCUUCAAAAUUUGACCAUACUGGAAGUAGCAUUGAUUCGUCGUAUCACUGUUAUCAUGAAUAUACACCUCCUGCGAUAUGGCAUGCUUGCAUCAAAAGGACAUUGUAUCAGUUUUCCUCAGAGAAUGCAAAUUGCUAAAGAAUUGCCAUCGUUACCAUCUCAGGUUGGAAUAGUGGUUAUUAAAAAAAAAGGAACUCGAAAUUCAGUUCAACAGUAUACUGUGCAAAGGGGUAAAGUUGAAAAUGCAUUACGAGGGCUGUGUUUUGGAUACCCAGAAGGUGGCACUGAAUAUCCAGAUACUAAUAGUGAACAUCUAUACAAUGGCUCUGAUCACAUUGACAAACCUUUAAAAGGACGCUACUUUCAGUUCCUACCGAAUGAGUACUAUAAGGAUGUUUCGAUAAAAUAUGACCGCAUUCAAAAUUUACCAGAGAUGCGUUCUGAAUUACCUGGCUUGCCUGUUGUUGAAAUGCCACAUAUUAUACCAGAGGAAGACAAGGGUCCUGCUGAAAAUCAAUUUCUGGAAAACUUACCUCAAGAUGAUGAAAGUAUAACCCGUUCUGGUUUAGUUUGUCCACUUGAAUCUAAAGAUGCUGACAAAGAGUUGCGAACAAUACUGCAGAAGCUCUUGGGCUCUGAGGAUGCAGUUAAUCAAGCUCUUGAACAUGGCACAAUUGCGAAUGCAAAUUUGGAAUUUACACGAGAGCAGCCUAUUCGAGAAUUAAAAACUCCUGGUUUUUUUACUAUGGCAUACCCAACUGUUUUUAUUAAUGGAAAUUGUGACUUAACGGUUCCAAGGUUGAGUAAAAUUAACUUUGAAGAAUACAUCGAACAUAUAUAUUAUUGUUCUGAUAAUCGUGUAGCGCGUCAUCCAUACUUAAAAUUUUUCUUAUUGAAUAUGCGCUUACGAAUGCAAGCACUACAGCAGGGUAGCUUUCUUGUUUCCCAACAAUUAAAUGAUGCACAUCUCACAAUUGCUGAACUGAGAGAUAAUUUACAAAAUGACGAUGAUUCAGUUCCACGAAAAAUUAUUAGUAUUGGAAAAAACCUGGUGAAUACUGAUCCAUACUGGAGAGACCAAAAAAAAAAAGUGGAUGCUCUAUUGUUUUUCAGACGAAAGGAGUUUGGCGAUUUACCGGGCUAUUUUGAUACCAACAGUUGUGCAGAAUUCCAUUGGAAACCAUUACAUGAAUUACUUAUUAAGUAUCAUGCCUUAAUAAACAAUUUAAACGAAGAUACUGUGCGGCAACAAAUGGAAAACGACAGCAAAUUCAAGCGGGAAAUGAUUCUACAAAAUCUUCAUAUCGUCACACAGUAUUUUGAUGCAAGGACUAUAAAUUACUUUGCCACAGUCGACAAGAAAGUGUUUCAAUAUAAUGAUAGUUGGUGGCGAUAUGAAUUCGCUAAAGGUCGAGGUGAGAUACAUGGUCACGCAAUUAUAUCGUCCUCUAAACACGCUCAAAAGGUCAAAACAAUCAUGGAUGGAUUGUCGAAUGAUGUACCUGACUCACAAGCAUCCCAAACUGCUGCACAAGAACUUCAAAAUUGGUUGCAAACCACAAAUGAAGACAGUGAUGACAUUUUUUCACCCAUAUUUACUUCACUGCAUCCUGCUGGGGGGAAUGAAAUUAUAGAUACCUCUGGAAUUAGAACUUGGGUUCCAAACAAAAAUCAAUGGCCAACACCAGAAGGGAGUCAAGCUCCUCCAGACCAUAACCCAUUGGCGCAAGAACUUGCAGAUGUCGCUAACCAUGAAGGUGGUAUAAGAGAGCAACAUACUUAUCUUGUUAAUAGAAUAGGUCUCCAUAAUUGUAAUUCCAGUUGUUUGCGUUAUCGUCGUAAGAAUAAUAAGGAAAAGGAUACCGCUCCAAAAAAGUACUGUCGUUUUCAUUUUGGUGAUCUUGAUCCACAAACCAAAAAAACAAGUGGCAAAGAGAUUCAUCCUUUUCAUGCUGUCAUAACAAAAGGGGAACAUCCUAGAUAUGAGGGACCACGCGAUCAUCCUCGCCUAAUGAUGCAUGUUAAAACACGUCUGCUUAGUUGGCUAGCAAAUUGUGACAGUCAAGUCAUUAUCGAUCAGGAUCUUCUGGCUCUUCAAAAAUACAUUGCUGGUUAUGCUUGCAAGGGGGCAGCCUCAACUGAAGAUUUGGUACAUGUUUAUCGGCAUCUCAUUGAAAACACUGCUGAUGGAAGCACUGUUAAAAAUUUGGCUCAACGACUACUUCAAAAAAUUGCUGGUCUAGUAGAUGUACCAGGUGCUGCGGCAGAUUUUAUUAAUAGUGGUGGCCGUUUGACUAGAUGUACCAGGAAUUUUCGAUACAUUGGUAUCAGUGGCUUCCGAGCAUUGGAUACGUCUGGUGAAGAUGGAACCGUUACAAAGAAUAGCACAUUGGAUAAAUACUUGAGCGAUAAGCGUAGAGAAACUGAGCCAGAAAUAUCAUUAUGGAACUGGAGCAAGAAAUGUAAUUGUACCUGCAAAGUAGAUCACGUGCCAGUUUUUACAGGAAUAUCUACAAAACCUGUUUGGCCUGUUACUGAGGACUAUGCAAAAGCUAUGCUUGUUAUAUUUUCUGUUGGAACGUGGCAUAAUACUGAAGAAUUGAAGGGACAACAUGAGUCAUUUGCUGCUGCUUUGGCUUCCUUUGUUCAAACUGAAAACUGUCCCCCUAUAUUAAUAGAUGCAUUGAAGGAGGCUAAACAAUCAUUCGAUAAAAAGAGUGAGAGAAAACAAAGUCACACUCGUGUAAUCAAUAAUGAAACCGAUAAUCAGUCUUCAUGUCAAUCAUCACAAUAUACAGAUGCAAGUUCUCAAAGUUCCCAAAAUUCAGUCAUUGCACAAAUGAACAUAGGCAGAGCGAUAAUGAGAGAUAUUGCAAGGCAUCACGUUGCUGAUAUCAAUGAGCCGGAUGUACAACAAGUUCUUCCCAAUGGAGGGCCUACAUUUGAUUGGAAUAAUUAUGCAAUUCAAAGUUUUGGUAGUCAAUGGCCAAUUAAUGCUGACACAUGGUUACAAUCUAUAUCUGAAGAAGCAGAAAGAAAUGAAUUGCAGCUGGCUGAUGUUUGUACCUUACCCCAAAUAAACAUCUUAAAUGCUAAUGAAUUACAGAGAACAGUCAUUGGUAUAAAUCUUCAGCAUUUAUUGCAAGUUGCAAAAGGAACUUUGCCAACAGGUACCCAGCCAUUACGUUUAUUAAUACAAGGAACAGCUGGUGUUGGGAAAACAUUCAUCAUUACUGCGCUCACCAGAAUCGUUCGGCGUAUUUUUAAGCGAAAUUCUGCUGUUAUGAACUUGGCCCCAACUGGUGCAGCAUCAGUCCUCAUACCUAAUGGUCGCACUAUACAUUCAAUGACUCCACCACCACACAAACUGAAAAAAGAUAAGAAUUUAAAUUCUGUCCAGCUUUCUGACUAUCCGUUGGGUGAUGUAUCUCUAAGAAAGCUGAGAAAGUAUACAGGUAUGCAUGAAAACAAUGAACUGAAAUUAUUUCAACUUAAUAUUGAUGAACGUAGCAUGCAGUCGAAGCUUCUUGUGGCCUGGUGCAGCCAAAGAUUAUGCGAGGCUACGGGAGACUUUGAUAAUUAUUAUGGUGGUGUACCAGCUGUCAAUUUCUUUGGUGACCUUGGUCAGCUUGGACCAAUUCGUGCUUUGGAUCUACAUCAGCCACCAAAACACGAUGAUUCGACAAUCAACUUUGCUGGCUAUGCAAUCUAUCGCUCGUUUCAAGAUGUUAUUGUUCUUACAGAAACAAUGCGUCAAGGCCCAGAUCAGUUAGCUCUUUUGCAGCGACUACUUAGAAUACGUAAUGGAUCGAUCACUCAACAAGACUGGCAAGAUAUAAAUAGUCGUUACGAAGAUGCUUUGCCACAAACCGAAAAAUGUAACUUUUCGCAUGGUCGCGUCCUUACAUUGAUGGAAACAUGGAAUGAAGUUAAUGAGGAAAAUCACAAUAAAUUAGCUAGCCUUGGUGUGCCUGUUGCUGUAAUUCCAUCAAGAGGCCGUGGUAAACACCACUCUUUGACUGAUAAGCAACUGGGUCAAAUACCGCUGAGAUCUUUAAUGGCAGUUGGUGCAACUGUAAUACUCACUAAGAACCAAAAAGGUCUUACGGGCCUCGGUCUUAAUAAUGGUGCGAUGGGAAAAGUAAUUGCAAUCCUUUAUUCGCCAAAUAUGUCACCACCUGAAUUUCCUAUAGCUGUCAUUGUCGAUUUCCCAAAUUAUAAAGGCCCAAUAUGGAUUCCAGAACAUCCAACAUGGAUACCAAUUACUGCUGUUGAAGGUCGAUGUGAAUCUAAUUGUUGCAGCAGAAAUGGCCUGCCAUUGAUGCCAGGAUAUGCGAUAACAAUUGCUAAAAGUCAGGGUAUGUCGAUUGGAGAUGGUAAAACUGCCACCCACAUGCGUAUCAAGUUACAACAAUCAAUUCAGAUGGAAAAAAAUAACCUUGGUACAGCUUACACUGCAUUUUCAAGAUGCGAAAAAGAAAGGAAUUGGGCACUUGUCGAGCCAAUUACUCAAGAACGUCUCUUGUACGUUAAUACACAUCCUCGUAUGAAAGCCAGACAAGAGGAAGAGCAACGGCUGAAAGCAUUAUCAAAUGAAACCAUCAAAAAAUUUGAUAUCACUAUAGUAAAGUAUAUUAACUUGCUGAAAGACCUUGACGAGUUUUGCGAUGACGAUAUUGAAGAUGCAGUUUGUCCUUCACCAUCUGCAGAUUGCUCAUGUAUUAUAUGCACAUCUCAAUCAUAAUGAUAAUCACAACUGAAAUUAACCUAUGUUGCAGAUAAUAUACAUUAAAAAACAUUGUAUAUGUUCAUAUAUUUGUUGUGAAAUCAAUAUGCGAAGUAAAGUUUUGAUUUAGAAAAUAAACAAAAUAAAAACCGUCUGCCCAUGAAUUCGUAAUUAUUGGAUGUAAUAAGCCGAAGUCAAAUACUUGAUUAUAAUAUCAAUGUAUAGUAAGCUGUAUCCAAGAAUCAUGGUAAACAUUUUUAAUUCAACAGACAGAAUAGUUGUUUCUCAAAACAACCGUCUGCCCAUGAAUUCGUAAUUAUUGGAUGUAAUAAGCCGAAGUCAAACACUUGAUCUAAUAUCAAUGUGUAGUAAGCUGUAUCCAAGAAUCAUGGUAAACAUUUUUAGUUCGACAGACAGAAUAGUUGUUUCUCAAAACAACCGUCUGCCCAUGAAUUCGUAAUUAUUGGAUGUAAUAAGGCGAAGUCAAACACUUGAUCUAAUAUCAAUGUGUAGUAAGCUGUAUCCAAGAAUCAUGGUACAAGUUUUUAGUUCAACAGACAGAAUAGUUGUUUCUCAAAACAACCGUCUGCCCAUGAAUUCGUAAUUAUUGGAUGUAAUAAGCCGAAGUCAGAUACUCGAUUUAAUAUCAAUGUAUAGUAAGCUGUAUCCAAGAAUCAUGGUUAAAAUAAACUAAAAAUACUCUGCCUAAAAUCAGGCAUCAAGAUGUGUGAUUAUUAUCAACAAACUCAAUUUAAAGGCAAAUUAAUCCUCGUUUUUUGUAAGAAGCCUAAGCAUUUGUGUGCACUCAGAGUUUCUUAAAAUUUUGAUAAUUUGUGCAUCAAAUUUAAAUUUUAUUUAACACUGAAAAAUCUUUUAUUUACAAGGCUUUUUGUCUAAAAUACAUGCUCAUUAACACAUACCAAGUCUUAAGUUACUGAAGGCCCUAAUAUAAUCAAGUUUGUAACCUGACUUUUAAGUUGAUUUACCUUCUUGUCUUUUUUCCUUCUAAGAAUGUAAAACAAAAGGUUUUUAACAUUAAGCUAAGUCAAUUUAAAAGUGGGUCACUUCUUGGUUUCCUCCCCUUUUUUUGUACUAAAUUUUAUGUGUUAAUGUGUAUGACAUUCUAAACAUUUAGUUCCGUGUAUAGUAUGUAUACUUACAAUUAUCCCAGGGGGUUCAUAUUACUAAGUUUCAAGUUUUACUAAGUUCACCAAAACAAUUUUUGUGUUUUUAUUUUUAUUUUACAAAUUAAGUAUCAUCAUCAUUGACUUUUGUAACCAAUGUCAGUAAAUCCUGAAAUGUCAAAUUUGACACUUUAAUAUUCCUCAAAAUCAGUACUAUGGAAAGACUUUCACUAUAUAACAAUGAAAAUAAUUUUUAACUGACCAUAAUGAUACUAUGAUCCCCUAAGAUAUCACACAGUCUUGAUUUCAAACCAUGAAGGAAAAAACCUAAAAAUUAUGUGAGGACAUUAAGGAGAUAUAUUGGUGAGGAUAGGUCCGGUUGUAAGGGGAUGGAGGAGACCGGCAAUUAAUACCUUAUGCAUACAAAAUUUUUGUGGUGCUGGCCCAAAAUGCUAUAUUUUUAGAUGACUUCGUUUUCCAGAAAUAUGAGAAAUAAAUUUUUGCACAUGCCAAAAGAUUAGUAAAGGUAUUCAGAAAAAAGUAUUUUCAAAUGUGAAACAAAGAACUCAAUGUCUGAGGUUUAGGUUUGAAGUACGAACAAAUAGAACAUUUUUACGGAUAAGAGAUUUUAAAUUUUUCACAGAUCUUAGUUUUGCGGUUUUCAGCCAAAUCCACAAAAAUAAGUUAUACGCAUAAGGUACAAUCAGUUAAAAAGGAAUCAAAUUAGCACCAAAUAUUUGAAAAUUAAUGUAUUUUGUAAUUUCACUGAUACUGUACACUUCCUGUUCCUUUGUUGCUCGCUUUUGUCUUUUUUUCUGUUUUCAGGUACUAUAAAAAAAAUUCCAAGGAAUUUGUAGAAGACGUUAGCAAGUUUUUUCAAAUUCUAAUGGAAGAUAUAACGUGGCAGUUAUUUUAAAUGAAAAACAACCAGAUAAGUAGCUCUUAUUAAUUAAUUUUAUAUUUCAUAGGUGGGACUGCCAUUUUCAUUAUGUAAUGUAAUUUUUAAGUUAAUUUAACAAUUUUGAAACCACACUCGUUUCAAUUUCACUUCUGUAUAAAAUGUGACAUUAUUAAGAGAUUGUACCGCCAGUGAAUUUUUUUUUAAUUUUUCAUAUCAUUAUUUUUCAUAACUACUCUUUCACAGUGAGUUAGGACGGCCAAAUGAUACUUGUCAUGUCAUUUAAUUUUUGGACUGCGCAAUUCAUAAUGUAAAUUUGUAAAUCAUUUAGGAAAAUUCUGUACACUAACAAUGGUAUCCAUGACGCACCCUGGCAAUGGUAUCAAUGAAACAUACAUGAAGGAUUUAUUUGCAAAACAAAAAAUAACAAAAAAUGGAAGGUCAAAUUGAAGGUCAAAUUGAUUGCCAACUUGUCGCGCUUUAUGGUAAAUUCAUCGAGCACCGUAUUAAACAUCCCGGGUCAACGGGGUACAGAUCGUUUGGCCGGUGGCUCAAGCAAGGUGGUGUGGAAUGGACGGAGGGGGAAGAUGCCACGGAAACAUCGCCAGACGUGGAAUUAAUGAAUGUCUGGACUCGAUUUUUAAGGUACAGAUUGACCCACAGUGGUUCAAUGGAGGCUGAGGUGUUUGGACGUUGGGUCCAUAAUGGCGGAAGAGAAUUCCGAAAAAGCAAGGGUGAAGGAAGCAGUCGUGGUGGCCGACGCGGUCGUGGAGGUCAACGUGGUCGGGGGGGUCGGGGGGGUCGUAUCAGACCUUACUAAUGUUUUUUUGUUUUUUUUUAAUUUCGUCUGUUAACCUUUAGUAGAAUGACGUAAGAUCUCAACAAGAACAAGUCCUUUUGAUUUAGAAUUUCGUACUCCAUAAGUCAGUGACAAAAGUAAUUUUUGAGUAACUAAACGGUCUAAUAUGUAAAAUAUACGCGGAUAUACACUACAAAUGGUAUUUGGGUAAAAUGGUCAUCAUUUCCGGUCCACAAAAUACAAACGAGAGAUUGUGAUGUGAUAUUCACAAUAAAGAUAGUUAAAAUUGUUAUGAGUUGUCUACAAAGUUUCAUCGUGCAAUCAUUUGUAGCAUUGAUUUUUUAAGGUCCCGUAAAUCCUAUAAUUCCUGUUUCUUCGUCAAUUACGUUUUAUAGCAAGUGCUUCAGUUAACAUCCGCCUGAGACACAGACUUCGAAGUUGCUCUCCUCUCGUUCUACUGAAGGUUAACCCUUCUAAUUAUUUAUUACUUUAUUUUAUUAGUAUGAAUUAAAGAAUUCUAUUCCA